GUGACUUUUGACUGUGGCGGUUUAAGAGGACUUUUGUGGUCAUUAUUUGAAUGGAAACUUGCAAAAUUUAUUUAAGAAUAUGAGGAAUAUAGUUUUGCAAUUUAUGUUAUCAUUUUUAAUGUUGGAAACGUUGCAAGUUUUUGGCCAAAAAUGUACAACCUUGGAAAACCCAGCACAUGGUCGAGUAAGACUGCGAGCAAGAGGCAGAAUUGCAAAGUUCAGAUGCUAUCGUAAAUACAAGUUAUUUGGAGCAAAAAUUAUCAUCUGUUCAAACGACAAGUGGAGUCUCCCGCCACCUAUAUGUAUACGAAAAGGUUGUGAUGAUAUUCAAUCUUCAGAAAAUCUAACAGUCACUCAAGAUCAAGGUGGUGCUGUGUUAGAAUUCAAAUGUGCUCCACCACUCAAAUUAUCAGGCGAGAAAUUGAUCACGUGUGACGGUAACACUUGGAGUGCCCCAGUCCCUUCAUGUGAAUAUGUAGAACCAGGAAAUUAUUGUGAUUUUGAAGAUGAAAAUAUAUGUGGCUGGCAACAUGAUAAACUAGCAAACUUUGAAUGGAAAUGGAAUUCUGGUACCACACCUACUCGACGUACAGGUCCGAAAUAUGACCAUACCUUGGGUAAAGGUGGCAACGGGCAUUACAUGUUUAUGGAAUCAUCAUCUCCUAUAAAAAUAAACGACAAAUCAAGACUACUAUCUCCAUACUAUCCUGCUACAACAGGUGGUCUGUGUUUUGAGAUCUGGUAUCAUAUGUGGGGAGUAGCUGGAUACAACCAAGUUGGAAGAUUGAAAAUAUACAUUGGAGAAAUGGGACAAACGGAUACCUUAUCACAAAAAGCAGAGUUCGACGUUUCUGGGAAUCAAGGUGACGAAUGGAUAAAAGCACAAUUUCCAAUCGGAGAACAAAAAGAAUCUUUCAGGUUCAUAAUUGAAGGAAUGAAGUUGAAAAGUUACUUGAGUGAUAUUUCUGUAGAUGAUCCUAAACUGUACAACUGCUCAGAUGAUUUUGAGGAUACUACAAUAAGUUAUCAAGAAACAACUGCAGCUGAGACCACAGAAGCCGUUGUACAAACGACAUCUCCGUUAAUCAGAACGACACCACAUCAAGAAAGCAUGACAACUCAACCAGUAACAACAACAGACGAAUUUAUAGAUUUGUCUACAAAUGUGUAUUCUAGUUCCAUUGUACAGAAUAUUGACAGUUCAACUGAACUUAAAACAAAAGCAAUAACUACUACAACCAUGCUUCCAACUACUUCCAAAGUAGUAGAAACAACGAUCAAAAAUCAUAUAACAACUUCACCAGUUAAUCAAUCAAAAACUGGCAUGACUUCUGAACCGAUGACGUCAAAAGAAGUAAUAACAAAGCCACUUACGACUAUGAAGAAAACAACAAUUAAGCAAACAAUGCCAACCACAAGGGAUACUACUGUUUCUUCAACAUCUGCGUCUACGACAAAAGAAAUUACAACUACCAUUACGACAAGUACGAAAAGAAAAACAAAAAUAACUUCGAAACCUACAACAGUGACUACUUCAACAACACGGAAACCCGAAACCACUUUUGUUGUAACUACGAUAAAACCUACAACAACGACAACGAAAUCAUUACCAACAACAACUAAAAAGACUAAACCAACAAAUAAAAAGACAAAACCAACAACAGUAAAGACAUCAACUACAGCUAUUUUGUCUACUGCGACAACGAAACAAACGACCAAUAUUCCUGUUUUUAAAACGACGAAACGCGUAUAUAUAUCAUCAAAAAGUGUUUCAACUGCGUUAACUACUCAAGAAAUGGUAUCUUCUGACAAGAAAUCAGAAAUUUAUUUUAAAAAUACUACAGCCUCGUCAGUAUCAAAUUUGACUACAACACAAGGUUCUGUUGAUAUAGUUGAACCAGCUAAGAGGUCAGACAAUACUCCUAUAAAACCUCUUAUGAUAGGUAUAGGAGUCGGUAUAGCAAUUGGAUUAAUAAUAGUGAUCGGUGUCAUUUAUACAUAUCUUAAAAAACGACGGAAAGACGAUAUUUUUGAAGACGAAAUGGAACCUAUUGCUAAAAAUGCUGUAUAUGACUGAAUCAAAAUACAAUUGUGGUGAAGCGAUAUCCGAUUUGUUUUCCAACAUUGAACCAUUGACAACUAUCCUUUUUUUCUGCUGCAUCAGAGACUGUGCCUCUUCCUUUUCGAAACUGUUAUCAAUGAGUAGAUUAUAUCCCCACACUCAUAGUCUUUAGUGUGCUUGACA